AUGGCCAUUCCAACUGAUUUGCAACAGGAAAGGUUGAAGAGCCAUGCACGUGCCUUCGACAGUCUCUUGUCACUCAUCCCGGCAAAUCUCUAUCAUGGAGGAGAUGUCAGCGAUCAAUGGCUUCGCAAAAAGCAGACCCCAGAGCAAAAGCGGGCCGCAAAAAUGGCAAAGCUGGAUCCAGACAAUUGGAAGAGCGCAAAAGAUGUGAUGGAAGAGAGGACAGCCGCCGCGCUGAAACGAAAGCGAGACGAGGGUGAAGACGCAGAAAGCGAUGCGUCUCUGGUAGACGACACACCUGGAUCAGAACAACCAAAGGCCACACAAGAUACUCAAGCCAUUGCGUCCAAAAAGCGGAAAAUUGAAGCCAAACCCACGAACCCGACAGAUGAGACAUCCAAAACUGAAGAGACAGAGGAAGACAGAAGACGUCGUAAAGCACUGCAAAAGGCUGCAAAGAGGGAGCGGAAGAGAGAGAAAAAGGUCAAAGCUAAGGAGAAGCUGGAAAGACAAAAGGCUAAGAAGACGGAGGUACAGCUCACUGACGGCCUUGCAACUGCAGCCGAUAAAAAGACGCCAAAAGAGGUUCAUCUGAAAGAGCCUCUCAGUUUAAACGUCCAGAAGUCAAAACCUGAACACCCCCCUCACGACCAAGAAUCAACUGCUUCAUCUGACGCAGAUCAGCCGGAAGUUUUUUCUCCCCAGCACGAAUCUGCAACCUCUUCUACUUCUUCUGUCCAGCCUGCAGCAAUUGACGAGACAACUGAAUCGGAACAACCGGAACCAAAGCCUCAACAACAGCCUCAGCCAGCAUCCUCCAACCCCGAUACAUCCCAAACCCCCCGAGAACGUCUCCAAGCAGCAAUCUCACAGCUCCGUGCAGGGCGAAAGGCGGAUGGCGCCGACGGUCGCCCUCCAAAGAAUCGACAGGAACUACUGGAGCAGCGCCGCCAAAAGGAAGAAGAGAGAAAGGCUGCCAAGAAAGAACAAAAACGGCGAGAGAGAGAGGAAGAGGCUCGGCGACAAGAUGAAGAGCUAGAACGACGGUUUUCGCCAGGCGGUUCAGGCUCUCUUCUUGCCUCACCCCGAUCGCCCGUCAUCGGCGACAAUUCAUCCUUAACCUCCGGUUCCAACAACUUCAAUUUCAGUUAUGGUCGGAUCGCCUUUGAAGAUGGGACCCGAUUUGAUCCUGUCACCGCCGAAGUUGUAGAGGACCACAAGAAGAAAGGACCGCGAGACCCUGCGACUGCGCUGAAAACGGCCCUGGCCAAGAAGGAGCGACUAACUAGUCUGGACGAGCAAAAGCGUCUCGAAAUUGAGCAGAAGGACAUGUGGCUGAAUGCCAAAAAACGCGCUCACGGGGAGCAUGUCCGCGACGACACCAGUCUGUUGAAGAAGGCAUUGAAGAGACAACAGGGACAGAAGAGGAAGAGUGAACGCGAAUGGACCGAGCGUCUUGAGGGUGUGCAGAAAGCGCAGGAGGCCAAGCAGAAGAAACGAACGGUCAAUCUGGCCAGAAGGAAGGAGGAGAAGCAUUCCGGCGGCAUCAAGAAGGACAAGAAAAUCAAGAGGCCUGGGUUUGAAGGCAGCUUCAAAGGACGGACUGGCGGGAAACGAAAGUCAUGA